AUGCAAGAGGAUGGCGGGAACGCGUCGUGUAAUGCGAUAGAUUUGGACCUAAAUGAGGCUGGUGAAGAGCCCGAGGUGGCCAAGCCUCGAGAGGAAGCUAGAGCGGGCGAAUCGGCUGAUGUAUUGGAUGCAAGUAGCGGCCUUGAUCUGAAUAAGGAGAGCCCCAGCCCACCCCCGCCCAAAAUCGAGAUCAAGAUCGAGCCUGCCGCCGAGCCACCCACUGUUGUGCCAGGGUCCCCCACCCCCGGCCAAGCGGAUGCCGAGGCCGAGGAGCGUCGCCUGCGGGAGCUCCUGCUCGACGGCGUGAAGCAAGAGCAGGCCGUGCCCAAGCAAGAGAAGGAGGAGGAGGAGAAACGCGUCAAGUCGCGCAGCCGUAGCCACAGCCGCAGUGCCGAAGCGAUGGCUCCAGACAGAGACCAAGAUGAGAAGAAAAAGGAGCGGAAGAGGGGCCGAAGCCGAAGUAGGAGCCGAAGUCGAAGUCGAAGUCGCGACAAGAAGCACCGCAGCAGCAGACGAGAGGUCAAGGACAUCGACGAUGACGACUACUCGCGUAGCGAGCGGCGUCGAAGCCGCGGCAAGCCCGAGAGGGAGGACAGCACCAGAAGCAGAAAGAGGAGUCGAAGCCGGGAGGAGCGCAAGAGGAGGAGUCGAAGCAGAGAGAGGAGCAAGCGGGAAAGGAGGAGCCGAAGUAGGGAGAAGAAGAGGGAAGAGAAGAAGAAGAGGGAGAGGAGCCGAAGUAGGGAGAAGAAGAGGGAAAAGAAGAAGAAAAGGGAGAGGAGCCGAAGCCGGGAGAGGAGCAGGGACAGACGCGAGAGGAAGCGAAGCCGUCGCAGCCGCAGCAAGAGUCGGGAGAGGAGCAGGGACCGCCGCCGUAGCCGUAGCCGCAGCCGCGAGCGCGUCAAGAGGUGGGACGUGAAGAAAGAGGACGAGUGGGUCGAAAAGCAGCCCGCGAUGCCAGCCGCCGCCGCUGCCGGGUCUGCUGCGCCGGUUGUGGGUCCGGCGAUGGUGCCGACCCAGCUGUUGCUGGCCCGGCUCGCGGGCUAUCCGACGGCCGGGCUCACCUACCCAGGCGGACCGGCGAAUCCCCUGCCGGCGCCGCCUCGGCCCGCAGCAGCUGCAGCCAGACCGCCGGCGCACGUCGACCCCGAGGAGGAGCGGCGUCGGAAGCUGCAGGCGCUCGCUGGCUACGGCCAAGAUCGCGGAGCCAUGCCGCACGAAAUGGACGCGCGCAUGCCCAUGGGACUCGGCUUCAAGCCUGAGAAGCACGGCCCUAUGAUGAACCAGCCCAUCGCGCCGGGAAUGUCCGUGUCGGUGCCGAUCGGCAAGAAGAAUGUGAUCUUCAAGGGCUGGAAGAAGGGCGAGACGGUCACGCAGGACGACAUCAAGCGGGACACGAGCGGCAGCAGCACCUCCCUUCGGUCGCUCUCCGACAACACCAAGGCACACGCGCGUCACGGCGAAGACGGCGACCGUAGAGUACAACCAAGCACCGUGUUGUCGAGGCAGCAACUGCGCUCCACUCCGCAUCGUCAGGCUCUCGGCAGGCCCUCGGUUGCAUCAUCUGCGCUGAGUGGCCCGCGGGGGGUGCGGUACUGGAACGUGUGCAAGAAAGGCGUGGAGGAGGGAGAAGGAGGAAGAGGUGGCGGUGCACUGCAGGCUCUCAUGAGCUGUGCCGUGUGCCCGGGCCAGUGUGAUUGCUGCAAUCGCCUCGUCAGCGUGGUGCACACCUCUUGGACAAGACGGAGCACGGUGCAAGUGCACGAGCACCACUUCAACGAUCACAAGAUCACCGGCGGCGUUGGCUUCAAGAUGCUCCAGAAGAUGGGCUGGGGCGGCGACGCUCUCGGCAAGCACGAAGACGGCAUUGUCGAACCGAUCGCGAUCACAAUGAACCCCGGCACGCGCGGAUUGUGCGGGGCCGAUGAGAAGGCGCAGGGCAAGAAAAAGAAGAAGAAGGGCGGCCUGCGCGGACCCACCGACGAGCCCCCCAACAACCCCAACUACAACUACGUCAAGUGUCGCUUCGACCCCAAUCACGUCGUGCCGGAGCAGCGCCUGGCCAAGCACGAGCUCAACUGUCCGGCCAACCCCAACCCGGCGAGCCACAAGGCGCAGCUCAAGCGACAGAAUAUGCUGAUCAAUAGCAGCAGCGCCGCAGUCACCGGACACAAGAAACAGCGCCAGGCCUACGAUCGGUAUCGGCCGCCGCCCGUGCACACGCCCGGGGUGGGACCCGCGCCCGCCUUUGCCUACGGACACUCGCUCCCGCCCACGCCCAUGCCCGCAGCCGCAGCCGCAGCCGCAGCUGCCUACCAACAGCAGCAGUACGCCAUGUGGGCGGCCUACCAACAGCAACAGCAGCAGCACCAGCAGCAGGCCUACGGCUGGCCUGGCGCCCCUACGCCGCGCAUGUAG